AUGUAUCGGACUACAUUCGUGGUUUCUUUUCUGCUUUGUUUGUGUCGAGCAAUUCCAACACCCGAAGAAAAACAAUGCGGAUAUGUUAGCUGCAAUGCCGUAAAGGAUGAUAUGAUCAAUGUCCAUCUAGUUCCUCAUACUCAUGAUGAUGUUGGUUGGCUGAAAACUGUAGAUCAGUACUACUAUGGAGCGCGCAACGACAUCCAAAAUGCUGGUGUCCAAUACGUCCUUGACUCCGUCAUACCCGAGCUUGUGAACGACCCGAGCAAGCGUUUCAUCUACGUGGAGAUUGCGUUUUUCGCUCGCUGGUGGAGGGAACAAGAAGACAAUAUGAAAACGGUCGUAAAGGGGCUUGUAAAUUCCGGCCAGCUCGAAUUUAUCCUGGGAGGUUGGUGCAUGAAUGACGAGGCUUCCACUCACUAUAACGCUAUUAUAGACCAGCAUGCCCUGGGCUUUGAGUUCCUCCGACAAAACUUUGGGGGAUGUGGGAGGCCUCGUAUUGGCUGGCAGGUUGAUCCUUUCGGUCAUUCGAGAGAGCAGGCUUCUCUGUUCGCACAGUUUGGAUUUGACGGGCUGUUCUUUGGUCGCCUUGAUUAUCAAGACAAGAAUCAUCGCCUAAACACAACGACAAUGGAGAUGCUGUGGCAUGGAAGUCCUGAUAACUUAGGAGAGAAGUCUGAUCUAUUCACUGGUGUUUUAUAUAAUCUUUACCAGCCACCUGGUGGAUUUGACUUUAAUCAAUAUAGUUCUGAUGAACCAUUUAUGGAUGACCCCCGUCUCCAUGACUACAAUGUUGAUAAGAAGGUGGAUGAUUUUCUCAAGGCUGCCAAGGAUCAGGCGAAAUAUUACAAAACAAACCAUAUAAUGAUGACGAUGGGCUCUGACUUUGAAUACCAGAAUGCCCAUCAUUGGUACAAGAACCUUGACAAGCUCAUCCAUUACACCAACAAGCGGCAAACAACAGAUAACUCCAAAAUAAACCUUCUCUAUUCGACGCCCUCAUGUUAUACAUAUCAACUAAACCGCGCCAACAAAACAUGGCCGACCAAGUCAGACGAUUUCUACCCUUAUGCAUACCGAGAACACAGCUUCAUGACAGGGUAUUUUACCAGUAGGGCUGCACUUAAAGGCUAUAUCAGGGAAACCAAUGCGUUUUUACAGGCCUGCAGACAACUUGACGCCUUGGCCAGAUUGGCACCAGACUUCCAUAACAGUUCAUUAAAGAUCCAAGUUCUUAGGGAAGCAAUGGGCGUCGCUCAGCACCAUGAUGCUGUCUCGGGUACAGAGAAACAGCAGGUUGCCUAUGACUACGCCAUGAGGCUGGCUAAUGGUAGAUCCGAAUGCCAGAAAGUUAUGAACGAUGCAAUGGGUCAAUUGGUACCAAAGGGUUCGGAGGGAUUUAUGGGGGUUUUCUUUUGUGAUUUGCUCAACAUUUCGGCUUGUAGUAUUACUGAACAAAAUAAACAGUUUGUGAUGAUAGUCUACAACCCAUUGAGUCACUCGAUAGAUCACUGGGUUCGUCUCCCAGUGAUUGGCUCAGCCUAUUCUGUAUCGGGACCUUCUGGAGAGGCCAUUGAAACACAGAUGAUACCAGUGUUUAAAAGGACUCAGAAUAUUCCGGAGAGAAAAGGGUACAUGGCGAAAAAUGAGCUCGUUUUUCGAGUUGAGAUACCAGCUCUUGGCUAUAGCACGUACAUGAUUAAGAUGUCAGAAGGUACACAUAUGCUUAGAAAAACGACAAACGUAAGACGGUUUAGUGGUGAGCCUUUUGCUAUUAAAAAUAAGCACAUGUCUCUGAAGUUUGAUAGCAACGGCAAUUGGGAUAAAUUAACAGAUCUACACACUGGACAAUCUGUGGACGCCAGAAGCGACAUUGUGUACUACCACGGAAUGGCUGGAAACUGUAGCCAAGGGAAAUUUCAGUCUUCAGGAGCUUACAUUUUCAGACCUAAUGGAACCACCCCUCAAACCUGGACUGACCCUCCAACUGUUGUAACUGUUGACGGUCCCCUAGUGAAUGAAGUUCACACUGAGUUCAGCCCUUGGGUCACUCAAGUGACCAGACAGUACAAAGAUGAGCCGUAUUUAGAGGUGGAAUGGACAGUUGGACCAAUAACAAUAGUGGACAAGAUGGGUAAGGAAGUGGUUGUAAGAGUUAACACUGGAAUGAAAAGUGACGCCACGUUUUACACAGACGCCAAUGGCAGAGAUAUCAUCAAACGAGUUCGGAACUUUCGAAAGACAUGGAACCUUAACCAAACAGAGUCUGUGGCGGGUAACUAUUACCCUGUCAAUAGCAGGAUCUUCCUCCGGGAUGAGAGUAGUGGCAUGCAGUUCACAGUUUUGACUGAUAGGUCACAGGGCGGAGCUAGUAUACAAGAUGGACAGCUGGAACUCAUGGUUCACCGUAGACUGCUGUAUGAUGACAGUCUUGGUGUAGGGGAACCCAUGAAUGAAACGGGCUCUGACAAACAGGGACUCAUCAUAAGAGGCAAGAUGUAUGUCCACUUCGGUCAGAUAUCAGAUGCAGCAAAGUUUCACCGAGAAUUCGGUCUGAGAACAUACCUUACACCCAUAACUGCUUUCACCAAAACCGACAUGAACUACCAGGAUUAUUCCAUGUUCUACAACACAAUGUGGUCCGGUCUGAAGCAGGAGCUUCCGGCCAACAUACAUAUGUUGACCUUGGAGCAGUGGGGUGGUCCCACAUUAACCCCGUCUCAGACUCAGCCUUACCUGAUUAGACUAGAACAUUUCUACGAGAAUGGAGAAGACCCACAGUUGUCCUUGCCUGUUACAGUUAAUCUACAGGACCUUUUUGUAACAUUUAACAUUGCAAGUAUUGAGGAAUUAACCCUGGGAGCAAAUCUUGCCAUUGCUGACCUCCAAAGGCUAAGCUGGAAUACCGUGGACGGUGACCUUGUUACUGAUAAAAACAAUAACGUCUACAAAGUUGAAAAUCGACAGAAACUGAAAGGAUCACUGGAUAUCACUCUCAACCCGAUGGAGAUACGGACUUUCCAGGUCAACCUUAAAGACGGACCACCCCGCCAGAAUGUUGACAAGUUUACCGUGUUCUCGUAAUGCGGAUUGUAACUAACAUUAAAUAGCCUGAAUACUGGUGUUUAAGAUAAGUGUUGAGUAAUAAAUUGUCGAAACUCGUGUACAGAAUAAAAGUGUUGUCCCAUCAA